AUGUGGCACCACGUCCAGGCCGGCAGCAAGACCUGCCCGCUCUGCCUGUGCAGCAUCACCACGGUGGCCUUGAUCCACCUGGGAGCACACAACAACAAGCAGAAAAUCUUUGCUUACGUGGCUUAUAAUGACAGCUCCAAGUGCACUGCUUAUAAAGCUCUGCCUGCAUGGUUUGGGCCAUGACUCCCAGCAACAGGGCUGACAGGAUAUUUGGUAAGAGUGGUACCACCAUCAGUCUCCCUCCACUUGCAAAGGACUUUGCAGUGCACAGAAGGGGCAUACGUCAGACUUCUACCACCCAAACUCUAUUUGAGUGUUUGUCAAGAAAGCACCAAAAUGCUGGAGAAAACUCUCACCAUGAAGAUUUGCACAGACCUAUUCUGCAUCACUAUUGCCAACACCUUAAUUAUAGUUGGCUUCAUCUGGUACAAGAGGGCUCACGGGACAAAGCUGCACACAUACAAGAAGAGAGACAAAUAUGAGACCUGUGUGAUCUGCAUGGCAGACUACAAAGAAGGAGACCACUUGAAGAUCAUGUCCUGCUCUCAUGCUUACCAUAGUGUCUGCAUUGACACUUGGUUCCACACCCUGCCUGGGAAGAAGACAUGUCCCUUCUGCAGGCAACUAGUGAACCUGUGGGCAAGGUGA